UCUGAUCGAAGCCAUUAGACAAAACACUGUCAAUUACAAACAUUAACUUAGUCAAAAAUAGAUAUUGUUCAACUAUCUCAGUAGAGAAAGUAAAAAAUGGGAAUGGCAACCAUGUAUUGUAGAAUUGUUUUAAUUAUGAUGACCUAUUAUGUUUCAAAUUAUGAAGCUGCACCUUCAGAACUGAUAGGUGGAGAUGUAUGUGGGGCUAAACCGGCGGAAAUAUAUUUCCUGCUUGACUCCUCUACGAGUAUAUGGUCCGUAGACUUCAAAAAACAGCUAGAGUUUGUUAAAGCCGUUGUAAACACCUUUGAGAUUGGUCCAGACAAAACAAGAAUUGGUGUUGCUUCUUUCUCAUACACAUUUCAUGAACAUUUUGGGCUUGAUCGGUACAGUAAAAUAGAAGAAAUAGAAAAUGCUGUCAAAAGAAUACCACAAUAUAUUGGCGGGACUCAUACCGACAAAGCUUUGAAUGGCGUCUUGAGUAGAGGUCUCAGCAAGGAUAAAGUUCGCAAAGACAUUGCAAGAAUUCUAAUUGUUCUGACGGAUGGAGCAUCUUUCAAUGCCAAGAAGACCAAAGACAUGGCACAAAAAGUCAAGGACGAAGGUAUUGUCGUUUUCGCUGUUGGUAUAGGCUCAAGGACAAAUAAAGAUGAACUUGCUGCUAUAGCAAGUACUCCUAAAAAUCCCGAUGACAAAUACUUGUUUGAAGUUGAUAAUUUUGAUGAUCUAGACAAUACUGUCAAAAAUAAGUUAACAACCAAGGCUUGUGAAGUUAAAGUUGAAGAAGAAUCAGUGGAAACCGAGAAAGAGGAUCAAAAGGAUGACAAUUCAGGUCCAGAAUGUGGCAAACAUAACAUAGCCGAUGUGAUGUUUGUAGUCGACCCCUCUGAAGUUGGUUCAUUUCACACAAAGCGCAUAUAUGAUUUCAUUGGUAAUGUUGUAAACGAUUUCAAUAUGGGAAAAGACAACAUACAGGUCGGAUUAGAAUCCCAAAACUGUGGUGCAGCAAAUAUUUCUUUAAAUCAAUACAACAACAGCAGAGAUCUAGCAAAGGCAUUUCGCUCUACAAAAGUAUCCCAAUUACCAGAUAUGCUAAAACGGUUAAGGACCCAUUCUUAUACGAAAGAAAACGGUGGAAGAAACAUUGCAAGACGCAUGGCUGUUAUUUUUGUAGACGAUAGCUUGUAUGACAAGAAAACCGUCUUAGAUGAAGCAAGAAGAACAAAACUUCAAGAUGUUGAAUUGUUUGUGGUUGCAAUAGGCGAUAGUGUUGAUGAUGAACUGAAAGCCUUAUGUAGCAGCCCAGUUGAACGGCACAUCAUCCGAGUACCUUCGUAUCAAGAGUUGAUGGAAUCUAAACCACAAUUUAUGAAGAAAUUCUGUCUUGGUCUUUAAAUACUUCAAGAAAUAAAUGAUAUCCAUUGCGGAGGGCGUUUGCGGAAUUUGGAAUUAAAAUAUAGAACAUAAAAGUGCUUUGGUAUAACAAGAAUUUAAAUGCUAUUAGAACUAAUCGACACUAAUGCGCAUAUUCUUGAUGGUUUUGUCCGAAUUAGAUAAAUCAAUUGUGUAUUCAAAGUAAAUGACUUAAAAAAGAACAUUGGAACAUAACUUAAACUAUAACUUAAUCUGAUUUACGUAAUAGAUCUUUGAGUUUGGAAUUCAGAGUGGUUUUAUACUACAUUUAAUUGGAAGAAAUGCUUUAUGAAAAAAGUAUGAUAGCAAUGAAGAUUUUAUAAUGUUUGCAUUAUAUACAUAUGUUUUACAAUGUUUUAGCAUUGUUUUCUGAUAUAUUUUUAGAUUGUUAACAUUUAAUGAAAUUGUUAUCGCUAUUGUUUUGUAUUAUUUAUUAUAUUGAUAUUGAAUAACUGCUUAAUGCGAGGAUUUGUGUUAGUAUAUUUAUAAAGUCUAUUUGUGUUAUAUUCGUUAAAAGAUUAUGUAUUUAUAAUUUAUUUUGAAUAAAACAAAUUUU